AGAACAGGAAUAUUUUGAACCAAACACUUUCCUUGUACUCAUGUGACUUGUGACUUUGCUUCUGCUCCCUUCUACUGUACUACUGUUACAGUUAUGGAGAAAUGCAGUUAUGGUUUGAAUAGUUGCAUGAAAUAAGAAGAUAAUGGAGGCCCUGAAAUGUAUCCAUCUGGCAAUGAAAGAAAUAGAAUAAUAAUAUGUAAAAACAGGAAAUAAUAUAUAAAAGCAUUAUAUUGAGACCGCAGCGCAAUUUGGUGAGGGGAAUGAAUAAUGGUAAUGGGGAUUUAAAGGAGAAAUAUUCCCCAUUUCUCAGAGUCCUUCACGUUCAUGUCACCGUGCAGGCAAUUUCCGAGAGAAUUUAAGAAUUGAGGGCCACAAUAUUGAUCCAGUGGCAUGUCAGGACCUCCAUCCAAGCCAAAUAUGGAGAAGAUGGAGUUAGAAACUUCGGAGGAGAAACAGACGAGGCUGAGGUCGAUCAAGAAGAAGGCCAUUAAUGCUUCCAACAAGUUCAGGCAUUCAUUUGUGAAAAAGGGGAGGAGAAACAGCAGAGUGAUAUCAGUUGUGUUGGAGGACGUACACGAUGCCCAGGAAGUCAAGGCAGUUGAUGCCUUUCGUCAAGCCCUUAUUCUCGAAGAAUUGCUCCCUGCAAAACACGACGAUUAUCAUAUGAUGCUAAGGUUUUUGAGGGCUAGGAAAUUCGACAUUGAGAAAACCAAGCAAAUGUGGACUGAUAUGCUCAAGUGGAGGAAGGAUUUUGGUUCUGACACAAUAGAAGAGGAUUUUGAUUUCAAGGAGAAGGACGAAGUGCUUCAAUACUAUCCUCAAGGGCAUCAUGGGGUUGACAAGGAUGGAAGGCCCGUGUACAUCGAGAGGCUCGGCCAAGUCGAUGCUGCAAAGAUCCUGCAAGUCACAACGAUGGAGCGCUAUCUCAAAUACCAUGUCCAGGAGUUCGAGAGGGCCAGCAAUGACAAAAUGCCAGCUUGUUCUAUCGCGGCCAAAAGGCAUAUUGAUCAGAGCACAACUAUUCUGGAUGUGCAAGGAGUGGGAUUGAAGAACCUCACCAAGUCAGCAAGGGAACUAAUCCAGGCCAUUCAGAAGAUCGAUGGUGACAAUUACCCUGAGACGUUGUGCCGUAUGUUCAUCAUCAAUGCUGGAUCUGGAUUUAGGCUUCUGUGGAAUACUAUCAAGUCAUUCCUUGACCCCAAGACCACUGCUAAGAUUAAUGUUCUUGGCAACAAGUACCAGAGCAAACUGCUAGAAAUCAUUGAUGCGAGUGAAUUGCCAGACUUCUUGGGGGGCACCUGUACUUGUGCAGAUAUGGGAGGAUGUAUGAGAUCUGAUAAGGGCCCAUGGAAUGACCCGGAAAUCAUGAAGAUGGUUCGCAAUGGCGAGCACAUGUGCUCACACAAGGUGCUCGUUCAAGCUGACGAGAAAACAAUCUCGGAGGAAGAGGGAAGUGCGAAUUCGAAGAAAACUGUUUCGUUCCAGUUGGAGAAUUCCAACAAGCUUUCCACGGUUCGGGAGGAACAGAUGAGCCAGCCUAAUAAGGCACAGGGCAAGGCUCUUGAUGCAGAUUGGCCUAAGGCAAAAGAUUGCAACUUUGAUGGUGCAGAAGGGUGUUACCCUGCCCAUUAUCCUAGCAGGGUGGAAGAAAGAACAAGCACGAAUUUUUUCUCGGGAAUGAUGGCCUUGGUGAUGAGCAUCGUCACCAUGGUUCGAAUGACGCGAAACCUGCCAAGGCAGCUGAUGACAGACGCCGCCAUGUCCAUGUACUCCCCGGGCCCGGGUGCUUAUCAGCUGCCGGAGCCUGGCAUCUCUGCGUCGGAGUAUAUGAGCAUGAUGAAGCGGCUGAGUGAGCUGGAGGAGAAGGUGGUUGUUCUCAGCAAGAAGAUGCCCUCCCUCCCACCCGAGAAGGAGGAAAUGCUGAACAAUGCAAUGAGCCGCGUUGAUUGCUUGGAGCAAGAGCUUUCUGCUACCCGAAAGGCUCUGGAGGAUGCUCUUGACCAUCAAAAAGAGCUUUUGGCGUACGUCGAGAAGAAGAAGAAGAAGAAAAGGAAGUUCUUUGGUUGCAGGCUCUAGAGGGAUAUAUAUGAUGCUCUUAACCAGAAGAAAAGGAAGUUCUUUGCAUUCUGAAAUAUAUGAAUCCUCCAGGGAAACUGAAACACAUCUAGUAGACAUUAUAAGUAUAUAGGAAGCAGAUGACUCCAUGCUCUCUCUCUCUCUCUCUCUCUCUCUCUCUCAGCCCCAGCAAGGCAGCAACAAUUGAUCAACUUUGUCGAUUUUGUAACCAACAACCUUAAUAACGCUGGGCUGUUCCUCGAACACUGUUGUUGUAUCAUGUAUGUAGCUUUGGUUUGAACCAGUUUUGGUUUCACAUGGACCAAAUAUGCUGUUUAUAUAUAUA